AUCUCUAAUAGUAAACACGUGAAACGCGGUUAUUCUCGAUUUUGAUUUACCUUAUGUGUUUUUAAUGCUGAAAUGGGUCUAACUAAGCAAUAUUUGGCCUACAGGGCUAUAGAUAGCUUUAAUAUAAUCACCUCAGGCCGCGCAAAUGUAAAUUUUGCCAUUGUGGACAAAACCGAGGGCCGAUAUGUGGCCGCUCCCGCAGCGGAGAAUGUGAUCAUAUGGGAUUUGCGAAUGGGCGAUCGCAAGCUGACUUUACGCCGUGAGAAGUUCGAGGUCACCUGCCUUCGGGUUUCCCCAGAUCACCUGCACAUCGCUGUUGGCUACGCGGAUGGCAUGGUACAGAUUUUCGAUCUCAGUUCCGAGAGGUACUAUGAUCCGAUUUGCUCGUUGGCGCUGCACAAGAACGCAGUGAGCAUCCUUCGUUAUGAUCAGCAAGGCAUGCGGUUGGUUAGUGGUGGAUUGGAUACUGAAUUGGUUGUCGUGGAUGUGGUGGAGCAGGCAGGAAGAGCCAGAUUGAGUGGCCACAAUGCCGCCAUUACAGAUGCCCACUUCCUGCAGCGACUGGUGGACGAGAGCAUCGUGGUCAGCUGCUCUAAGGACACGCAGAUUAAGUUUUGGAACCUGGAGACUCAGUUCUGCUUCAAAACUAUUGUGGAUAAUCGGACAGAGGUCUGGGCAUUGGCCCUUAUUGGAGAUCUAAUGGUGGCAGGAGCCGGCGAGAGUGGCAUGAAUGUGUACCGCUUAAGAAAACAUGAUGGCACCGGCACUCUGGAGUCAGCCGUCGAGGGAUUGUCCAUAGAAGACGAGGACACCAUAAGCCCCAUUAGCGUGAGCAACUGCGGCACCAUCCAGCGGGCUGGAAAGGGUCGCACCGUGAAUUUGGUUACUGAUCCCAGUGAACGGGUCCUCAGUUGCCACGGCACCAACGAUUUGAUCGAGAACUUCUACAUCUGCACGCCGGAGGAGGUGAAGAAACGUCUGGCCAAGCGCCUGAAGAAGGAGAAAAAGGCCGCCGAGGAGGACGGUACAGACGAGGCCAAGUUGUCCACAGAACAGUCGCUUAGCGAUGAAAUAAAGCGUCUAGAGAGCGUCCGCGCCAAGCAGAAGAUCAAGUCCAUCGAUGUGGUCUUGGGCCAGAAUCAGGAGCUUCGUGUCUUGGUCAGUUUGGCCAACAACAGCUUGGCCUUGUAUUCUCUGGAGGCGUCGAUUAAGACUCGGAAGGCAGCCGAUCCCAGCGUUAAACUGCUAAGGGCGCUUACUCGUCUGGGACACCAAUCGGAGGUGCGAUCUGUUUGCUUUAGCAACGAUUCCCUGGCCGUGGGCUCCGGAGCGGGGGAAUCCUUCAAGUUCUGGGAUCGUGAUGCCAUGCAGUGCCUGCGAACUGUGCCUACCGACUACAUCCUCUGCUCGAAGUUUGUCCCCGGCGAUCACUACGUCCUUCUGGGCAUGAAGAGCGGCAAAUUGCUCAUCGUAGAUGUGGCAGCGGCUGAUAUUGUGGAGGAGAUUCCGGCCCACGAAAGCGAGUUGUGGUCUAUUGCACUCCUGCCCGAUCAGAAGGGAUGCAUUACUGGAAGUGGUGAUACUACGCUUAAGAUCUGGACAUUUGAACUAAUUGAUUCCGGCGAGGGUGCUGCCCAAACAAAAGUGCUGUCUCUGCUGCAUAAGAACACGUUAAAGUUGGAAGAAACCGUACUCUGCGUGGGCGUCAGUCCGGAUAUGAAGUACCUGGCCGUGGGUUUGCUGGACGCCACUGUCAAGAUUUUCUUCCUAGACACGUUUAAGUUUUACCUUUCCUUGUACGGUCACAAGUUACCAGUUCUGUGCCUCGAUAUUUCCUACGACUCCAAUCUCAUUGUGACCGGAUCGGCAGAUCGUAACGUAAAAGUGUGGGGUUUGAACUUUGGAGACUGCCAUCGCUCCAUCUUCGCCCACGACGAUUCAGUGAUGAGUGUACAGUUCAUACCCAGGACGCAUAUGUUCUUUACGUGCGGUAAGGACGGCAAGGUGAAGCAGUGGGACGGUGAUAACUUUGAGAAGAUUCUCACUCUGCCUGGACAUAUUGGAGAAGCGUAUUGCCUGUCCGUAUCUCCAAAUGGUCGGUAUUUGGUCACCUGUGGCUCGGAUCGGACCCUUAGGAUGUACGAGCGCACGGACGAGACUAUCGUACUAAAGGAUGUGCAGGAGGAGGAGCGAGAGCAAUUGGAGAAUGAGCAACUGGCCACUGGAGAAGAUAACACAGUUCCCCUGCUCCCUGGUCUCAAGAUGCCCUCCCGCAAAACCGUGGGCUCCGAGCAGUCUGCGGAAUCGAUUCUCGAGUGUCUGGAGAUUUCUAAACAGUUUGAACUGGAGGCGGAGGAGAAGCCGGAGUUGCAUCCUCUGAUGCAGGCGCUGCAGGUGAAGAAUCCUGUGGACUUUCUGGUCAGCACCCUUAUGCGGAUCCGUGCCUCUGAUCUGGAGGAGGCAUUGCUUUUACUGCCCUUCUCCACUGUUUGCGAAAUUCUCGAACGCCUGCCCACUCUGCUGACCCAGCGACCCGAUCAACUGGAGCUGCUCUGCCGCGUCACCAUUUUCCUGUUCAAGGUGCACAUGAAGCCCAUUUCGGCGGCCAAGAACAUGAAGCCGCUGCUGGUGAAACUGCUCUCAAUGCUUAAACGGGACAUCGGACAGCUGCGGGAUGUCUUGGGAUGGAACCUGCACGGCUUGGCUCUUCUUCAAACUGAGGUGGAGCAGCGAGAUGGUGUCCAACUUUUCCGAGAGGCUACACAGGCUCGCAAAAAGCGGGACAAGAAGCGGCGAGAGGCCAACAAACGAAGGCUCCAGAUCCAAAUGGUUUAAAACUAUAUCCCCUAGACAUACAUAGUUGUAAAAAUCAAAUUAAACAAUUUUAAAUUAA